GUGUAGUGGAAGCUUUUCCUUUUUUGGAUGGUUUACAAACUCUCGCCCACUUGUGGUUUUACGAAUUGAGAAAUACAUCUGAGAAAUGAAUGAGUAGUAAUAUAACGUAUGUAUACUUCAUUCAUCUGAAAUUGAUAUUGCUAAUAUACUGACAGUGAAAAAUUGCGUGAUUGUCAGCAUAGCAGUGAUGUUUCGGUUUUGAAAAAGAAUAACUUCAUUUCUAAAGUUAGAGGUGUGUCCUCUAGGAACCAUGCAGCACUAGGUUGUUUGUGUAAUCCGACUCCUCUUUGCUUAUCUGACGACAUUACCACAACGCUGUGCCUUGCAGAACUGUUUACAACGGGUAGAAAGUUUAGUACAUUUCGUUUUUGGGUGACAAGAAAAAUUUCAGAACACUAAAAUGAUAGCUGAUGGUGGCUAUCUUGUUGGCGAUGGCUCUUGGGAGCUUCAUAUAUUGGUCACAGACUUGCAGGUUGAAAGAACUCUCAGGGUUAAAGGUGACCUCCAUAUAGGUGGCGUAAUGCUCAAUUUAGUUGAAGAGCUAGAUGUAGCCAUUGAUUGGUCUGAUCAUGCACUGUGGUGGCCGAAAAAAAACAUGUGGCUGUGUCGAACUCGUUCGACUCUGGACCAGUGUGGAAUUCAGGCUGAUGCCCUUUUGCAUUUUACUCCUAUGCAUAAAUAUCUGAGGCUGCAGUUACCUGAUUUAAGAUUUAUUGAUAUAAAGGCUGAUUUUUCUGCCAAAACAUUCACGGCUGUCAAGAAACUUUGCAAAGAGCUUGGUAUCAGGCAUCCAGAAGAGUUAUCUCUAUGUCGUCCUCUUACAUCUGAGCACCUGAAGCGAAAUUAUGCUCGAGGGGUCGGAUGCACUCCACGUCAACGCAGUAAAGAGCCAACAGCAGGAAUGAAUCUCAGUCAGAACAAUAAUAAUAAAUCAGAUGGCUUUUUGAGUCCUGACACAUCUGCAUCCUCUGCUGGCACCCCUUUGAAUAUGGUAUGUAAAUCAUGGACUGAUGGAAGAAGUUAUUCACCUGCAACUGCUAUGUUCAAUGGUUCUUCAUCUUUUCUCAAUUAUUCUGCAGAUGGCAGUGCUUGUUCUGCAGAUCUUCCUCUUGCUCACAGCCCGAAAAGUCCAUCAGAAGAAGCCAAACAGGGAGUUUUACGUCCCAAGAGUUUGGCUGAAAGGGCUCGUCUUAAUGCUGGUUGGCUGGAUUCCUCAUUAUCCAUUAUGGAGCAAGAUAUAAGGGAAUUUGAUACUCUGCUGCUCAGAUUCAAGUUUUACUCUUUCUAUGACUUGAAUCCAAAGUAUGAUGCAGUGCGUAUUAAUCAAAUUUACGAACAAGCUAAAUGGUCUAUCUUAGCUGAAGAAAUUGAUUGUACAGAAGAAGAAAUGAUGCUUUUUGCUGCCUUACAGGUACAAGUGAAUCUUCAAGCCAAUCAUCCUCAGCCUGAUAUUUAUCAUGAAGAUGAAGACGUUGAAACUGCCUUGACAGAUCUACAGGUUACACUUGAAGGCACUUUGAUUAGCAAAGGAAAAGCCAAUAUUACAAAUGUACCAGAAUUAGCAGAUUACUUGUCUUUUAUGAAACCAAAACGUUUCACACUAAAAGGUUUCAGAAGGUACUUUAUUACUCUGAGAGAUACAUAUUUGUCAUUACAUAAAUCCAAAGAUGAUAGUCCAAGUUUAAAUAUUUGUCUUAAAGGAUGUGAAGUUACCCCUGAUGUCAACCUUUCACAUGGUAAAUAUGGAAUCAGGCUGGAAGUCCCUAAUCACGAGGGAAUGACUGAAUACUGGAUAAGAUGCAGCUCAGAAGAGCAAUAUGCAAAGUGGAUGGCAGCUUGUAGGCUUGCUGCCAAAGGAAAAACCAUGGCCGACAGUUCAUAUGAUUUGGAAGUGAAGUCAAUCCAGGAUUUUUUGAAUAUGCAGAAGCCAGCUCCUGCUCCAGUGAUUAGCCCAUCACAAAUCGAUAUCAAUCCUGAUGAUAUGGUUGCUCCACGGUUCAUUAAAAAAUUGAAGAGUCAAAAGAUUAUUCAACGAAUAUUGGAAGCUCAUGCAAAUGUGAAAGAUCUCAAUCUUAUAGAAGCAAAACUGAGCUACAUUAAAGCCUGGCAAGCUCUUCCAGAAUUCGGGAUCUCUCUCUUUGUUGUGCGAUUUGAUGGAAGUAGGAAGGAUGAACUGCUUGGUAUUGCUUUCAACCGAUUGAUGCGGAUGGAUCUUGCUACUGGAGACCACAUCAAAACCUGGCGUUACAACACAAUGAAAGUGUGGAAUGUUAACUGGGAAGUAAGGCAGGUUCGUGUGCAGUUUGAAGAGGAAAAGGUUGCAUUUAGUUGUCUAUCGGCUGAUUGCAAAAUUGUGCAUGAAUUCAUCGGUGGUUAUAUUUUCUUAUCUAUGAGGUCAAAGGAUCAAAACCAAACACUUAAUGAAGAUCUCUUCCACAAACUAACAGGAGGCUGGGUCUGAAUACAUUUUAAUUGCACUAUUAAAACUUCGAAUUUAGUUUGAGUUUUACGAGUUCAGAAUUGAGCUUUGUUGAAAUAUUUUUUCAUUUUAGCACAGUGUUCUGUGUUGUUCACGAUGCAUUAUUUUUUUUAGAAUAAUAUGUUUUAUGCUGUUUUGUAUCAUUAUAAAAAAGCUAAUUCAUUUAAAGUUGAAAAAAAAAAUUUUAAUCUUAAAUAUUUUACUACCAUACAUCUCUUUUAUCUAUUACUUCAUAUAUAUAAAGCAAUGUAUUUAAAAAUUAUUCUUCUACACACAAAAUAAACAAUGCUAUUCACAAUAAUAUUCAGUUUUGUGUGAAAUACUACAUUUGUUUGUACAAGACUGCUAGAAUUAUUUUUUUAUUUGCAUUUGUAUAUGGAUGUUGUAUUUGAUACCAUAUUUGCCAGAUCCAUAUUUGUCUUUACCGUGUUCUUAGGUGAAUGUUUAUCAGUUGCCCAUCACUGCUUAGAAAUAAAUUUCGAUAAAAUAGGAAUCGAUAACUAUUGCCAUCUCUAACUGAAAAUUUUUCAUUAUUUAAUUUGGUAAGGAUCUCUUAAAAAAAAGAAACGUGCCCGGGAGAUUGUUUUAAUCCUGAUUUUCUUAUAAAUAUUUUCUGUCUAUGGAAUGAAGUUUAUAUUAGCAUUAGAAAUAUUUUUGUAGUGCAGGUUUAUCAGUGUGUAUUUUUCCACCAGUUCUUUUUCUCCCUUUGUUAACCUAAUUAGCUGUUUUACAUAUUAAAAUAUUUUGAUAUCCUAUGUAAAUAAUUAUUAGAAAGCUUUCUCAUGUUGUGCCAUACAAGUAUAAUAGAGUGGCUAUUUAAGUGCUCUUGAUGCAAACCUAUACUUAUUUUCUGCCUACGUAUAUUUUUGUAAUAUAUUGGCUUUAACAGGCAUAGAUCACUAUAUGUGUUUUAUACAGUUUAGCUGUUGCAUGUAACUUUACAUUGUGCCACAAUAAAUCUUCAUUUUUGUGUGCUAUGUUCAAUCUAUGUACCUUUAGAUGUGAAUAUAACCUUGUAAACUGUUAAUAACUGGUUUACUUUGUCUUAGAACCAUUUUAGCAAACAUAUUUUGUAUUUUUAGUUUUCUGCUUUAACAAAAUGUUUCAUUUUAACGUCUGUCAGUGUUCUUUUGCAUAUGUUUUCAGAUAGUGUGUUUUUCAUUUGGAUGAAUUAUGUGGUGUUAAAUGAAAUUCUCCAUACUGGCUGUUAAUUGGCAUUGGCUUUGGUUAUAUGGAAAGAUCCAUAUUGAUUUGUUAUGAAUCAAUCCAUAAAUCAAUAAUUUAAGAAUGAAUCCGCACAAAGGUGAUUCUAGUUGAGAUUUAACAGGGGGUAGUUUUUCUUCCAUAUUAAUUCUAGUUAAAAAAUAAAUUGAGAGAUUCUAAAGAAGAUAAUAAAAAUCAGUGUGAGAAUUUUAUAAGUUUAUUUAUGAUGCUGAAGUGAAAGAUUAUGUUGUUGUUAAUAUUAUACUAAUGUUGAUUUAACAACAGUUUUUGAAUCUCUAAGCAAUCAAUAUUCGAUAUUUUACUUGCAUUAUGUGUUAAAUGUAUUUUAAUUACUAAACAAAUAUAUAUAUAUUUUUUAACUUCUCAUUUGUCAACUUUUCAUUUAGCAGUCUAAUAAUCAGAUGCUCCAAGGCCCUAAUACUAAUAAGAGAUGUGUGCCCUAAUACUAGUAAUCAAUCCUGUAAUAUCCAUCAAAAAGGCUAACGUUUUUAAUUAUAAAUUUAUGUUGUGAACCAUAUUUCAUUUUAAAUAGAAAUAGUGCAAUUCUAAUUCUUUAUUCUGACCAUCUACCUGCUGUUUAGCUACAUGAAUGUGUUUUAAGAUCUUGAUAUUUUAGCCUGCUAUCCAAGAGAUGGUAAAGCAUUGAAACAGUAUUGCAUAUGUGGCAUAUUGGCAGUUCCAACAACAAUUGAGCAAUAAAUAUGGUUUUUAUCAAAGCAUUGCAUAGGCAAGAAAAUAACAGUUCAUACUGAACAUAUGCAGAUCAAGAUUGCAAGAGAAAAGACAGUACUGGUUAUUUUAAAAUUAUUUUAUUAUAUGACAUAGUGUAAUCUGUUCUUGUUUGGCUUGUUAUUUUUUGUAUAAAUUGCUUAUUUCAAUAAUUAUCAGAUUUGGGAAGUAUAGUAAAUUGGGCAUAUUGAAUGAGCUAAUAAUGGACAUGAUUAUGUAAAUAUAAGAUUUUUUACACAUGUCCUUUAGACAUAUCAUGAUUUUAUAAGUUUUUUAGGUUGUUUAUUACUAAGAUGUAAGAACAACACAUAUUCGUUUUAAAAAAAUUAAUGUAAAAAUUACCAUUUCUUAUUAUCAUAGUUUUUUUUUUUAAUUAUCUUGUGGACUGCAUAGAAUUUACGCAAGUGGAAAAUGGUGAGGGAUAUUCCUCCCUUCCUGACAACUGAAGUACAAAUAAAAACCUUCAUGAGUCCACCUUGAAUUUUUUAAUGGUUGGCAAUUCCAUAUGGCAGUUUAUAUUUUUCAUCCCUUUGCAUUUUAAAUUUGAGGCACUUGUUAAAAUCUCUACAAGAUUUAGAAUUCUGAAGCAUAUUUUCCUUUAGAUAUAUAUGCUAUGUGAAAAGGAGAGUGCUUGAUGUGCAUAAUUAUAUGCUCGGGCACUUUUAUGCAGAUUGCCUGCAUCAUUGUACGAAAUGCUUUUUGAAACAAAUUAAAUAAGCAAGGUAUUUGUAAUUAUUAUAAUAAAUAAAUAAUCAGGUAUAUGUUUUAUGAUGUGAUUAAUCAGGUAUUUGUAUUAUGAUAUGAAAUUCAUUAUUGUUGCCAAAAAUAUAUGAAUAUUUUGUUUUUUGUAUUAUCUAAAUGUGAUUUUCCUUUGAAUUCACAUUAUUUCAUUGCUAUAAAACAAAAGUAUGUUAUAGUAAUUAAUUGUAAUUUUAAUUUAAUAGUAAAGAAUAAAAGUAUUAUUAAUAAAGAAAUUCGUUUCUUCUUUUUUAUUUAGCUGUUAUUUAUGAAUAAAAUUAAAGAAAAUUUAAUGUGCAUAGCAACUUUACUUUCAGAAAGAACUAUUUACCAAUCUUUUUAUUUUUUUAAUCCUUUAUUAAGCCCUUUUAAACUUAUAUCAUUUAAACAUUUAAAAUAAAAUUUAUAGCAUACUUGAUUUUUGUGAAGAAUUGUUCAUUAGAUAUCAGGACUUUGAGUUUAAAUGCAAUCUGUUGUAAGUUUUAUUCUCAUAUAAUAACAUAUAUUCUAUUAUAAUGUCUGCAACAUUGAAACAUUUUUGUGUCUGGUUUACUUUUUGUAUAUGUAUUGCUUCCAUGAAGAGUUAUUUCUCUAAUUAUACAGGAUUAUUUUUCUUUCCUCUUUAGAGUUUAUCUUUUACAAGAUUUGUCUUUUAUUUAAUGUUAUUAUUUUUACACUUGUUUCAAGCGAUCACUUGUUAAGAAAGUUUUUUUAAAAAAAAUCAAUUAUUGUUCUUUUGUAUUGUAAUGUCAGUUGCGUUUUGUGAAUGAUGUUCUUGCAAUUACCACAGUUGUUAUAUUUCACAUAUAACCUUUGUUAUUGCCUAAAUAAUAUAAGAAGUUCUGAAUGUGCCUUGAAUGACAUUGUUGAUAGAUUCUUAUUUUAGCAUUUAUUUUGGUCACUUUCAUUUCUUUCUCAUUUAUUUCUGCAUGUUUUUACAUGUGUAGCAUGUUGAGAGACUUGUAUAUAGUCACAUGUUUAUAAAUGCAAACAAUAUUCUUGCAUAGCAGUUGAGAAGGACUGUUGUGUGAUAUUCAAAAUUUCAAAAUGUUUAGUGUUCUAUAAUUCUUUGUUGUAUAUUAUUGAAUUAGAUAAGCAUUAAUGAGUUUUACACAAUUUUCAGUAUAAUCAAAAUAUUUAAAAUGCUGCAUUGUAAGCAUUACUAACUAGUACAAGAAUUGGAACAAGGUGCUGAUAUAAUCUUUCUUGAAUGUUAAAAACAAUUCCUAUUUUAUGAAGCUUGAUUAUUUAUAUAUAUUGUUUGUAUGAAUGUUAACUAUUUACAUAUUAAUGCAAAUUAACAUGUUUCAAAACAACAUUCAUCGGGUGCUUUUUGAAUUGUGAAAUUAAAAAUUUUUCAGGGAGAUUUUAAAUGUAUUUUGUUAUAUAUAUUAUUUGUAUAACUAUUGCAAAAAUAUGUAUCUAUAAAAUGUGCAAAUUGACCUUUGUCUUGGUUAUUUUAAUAUUGUCUUGUGCCUUAACUCAUAAAAACGUGAUUUAGUGAAGAUUAGCUAUUUAUGCUAAGUACUAAAUCUUUUUCACAAUUUUUUUGAAAUAUAUUGUUAAAUGCUAUGUAUUAAUCAUGAAAGUAAUUAUUUUUGCCAAUUUGUGUAAAAGCACACUAGCAAUAAUUAUGUAUAUGAAAAAUUGCUGAAUAAAAAUGUAUGUAUUCACUA